AUGAUUAGAGCUAACACUAUAAUUAGAAAAACAAGAAGUGAUAAGAAAGUUAGAAUCUGUAAACAUUGUGGUAGUGAAUGCUCAACAUCUCAAAAACUUUGUGAGCAUCUUAAGCAAAAAAAUCUAUGCAAACUAUUACAAGAAGCUAACCAACAACUCAUUAAAGAGGAUAUUCAAAACCCUGUUCAAGUGGCUAUCCAAGAACCUAAAGAACUUAGUCUAGGUAAAUGUCUUAAAACAGAAAACUUGGAUGACUGUAUAACUCUCUGUCAUGAUCUUGAACAAUAUGAUCCAGAAAAGAGGCAAGAAAGACUGAAAAAAGACCUAGAGUUUAGAGAGCAAGAAGAGUUGGGAAUGGCAGUUAAAAGAAAAGCUAUAGCUGUACAUCAUGCAAAA